AUGGAAGCUCGCCUACCGGUCUUCAACGAUCGAUUUUGCGCGUCGAUGAACGUUGAAACCGUCUUCUCCGAGUUCAACGCCAUUGCCGGUCGCGAAGGACGCGCGAGUCGGGGCAAAGGUGACGCGUACGGCGCGAUGGUGGCCUUGAAGAAGCUCCUACGAACGCACAACCACGGCCUCAGGUUGCGACACAAUCGCAAGACCGUGUACACUGAUCAUGGAACGUACAACAAGACUUACGACAACAUGCGCCGCUGGCACAUGACUUCGCCGGACGACCCAGCAAAGCGCAACAAACCGACGUCCGAGUCCAAGAACAAGCGGCUGCUCGAAGGCGACCCUCUCACGUGCGAGAACCGGAGGGUUCGUUCGCGCCACACCGAGUCGCUCGCGCCUGUCAAGUCGGUGUAAAGCCUUGGUGCUAAUGUAUAGACUCGAUGAUGAAGCUACGUA